AUUAUUAAGCAAAUAUUCCUUCCUUAAGCAAGUACUGGGCAGUUUGCUAAAGGUGGGUGCCCCAGUGCUGGGUAUAAGGAUUGUAAUGAGCACAAAAGUACACCUGCCGUGGGGCAGUUCCCAAGGAUUGGGUAACAGACAUCAGAGAAGCAGAGAAGCGCUCCUGUACUGGGGAUAAGGCAGUUACUGACACAGAAUGUUCCCUUAGGCACGGGAAAAGGCAAAAUCCCCUCACUGUGCCGGGCAAAAAGCAUGAAAUGGAAAGUGCACUUGGACAGGGCAGAAUGUUCCUAGGGGAAGGCAGGUGCUCUCAUAUAAGGAUUUGGGUAUCCAGCAAGCAGCUAAGUGCCAGGGAGCAUAGAAGAAUGCAAUUAGAGAGCUGCUGGGCAGGGCUAGAAGCAAUUAGCAAUUAGGCACGUGUGGCAGGAUAAAAGACUGGUGCCAAAAUGCCUGCGGGUGGAUAUUAAGGGGCGUAUUAAGCAGGCAGUUAUUACAUCAUCUGCCCCAAAGGAGGGUACAGGUGCACAGAACCCAGGCACUGUGUGCAUUGUUGGUGCAAGAGGGUAGACUGGCAUAAUGGAAGAUCUAUUCUACAACCUCUCCAUCCCUUACUGGCUCCAAGAGAUGGAAAAUAUGACAAACGCCACCAACCAGACCUUGGACAAAACCACCAUGGCCCCUGGAACGUACCAGACAAUGGAAAUGAUCUUUAUCGCCACCGUAACUGGUUCCCUCAGUUUGGUCACUGUGGUGGGCAACAUCUUGGUCAUGCUCUCCAUUAAAGUCAACCGGCAGCUACAGACAGUCAACAAUUACUUCCUGUUCAGCUUGGCCUGCGCUGACCUUAUCAUAGGCGUGUUCUCCAUGAACCUCUACUCUCUUUACAUUAUAAAGGGUUACUGGCCGCUUGGACCUAUUGUGUGUGACCUGUGGCUGGCGCUGGACUAUGUGGUGAGCAACGCUUCUGUGAUGAACCUCCUCAUCAUUAGCUUUGAUAGGUACUUCUGUGUCACCAAACCACUGACUUACCCAGCACGAAGAACCACCAAGAUGGCGGGGCUGAUGAUUGCAGCCGCUUGGCUUCUCUCCUUCGUGCUCUGGGCACCUGCUAUUCUUUUCUGGCAGUUCAUUGUAGGAGAGAGGACGGUGGCAAGUGGGGAAUGUUACAUUCAGUUCCUUAGCAACCCGGUGGUCACCUUUGGUACAGCCAUCGCUGCCUUCUACCUUCCGGUGGUCAUUAUGACUAUUCUUUACAUCCACAUAUCUCUUGCCAGCAGGAGCAGAGUCCGCAGGCACUGCACUGAAACCCGACAGGAGAAAAAAAAGCCAAUCAGCUCCAUGAAGAGCCCUCUAAUUAAGCAAACGAAGAACCUUCCCAAACAAGACCCCGGAGAUGAGGCGGUCAAAAAAGAGAACGGGGUGAGGAACGGCAAGAUUGAGAAGUCAAUGACCAACCUGCAGACAGCUGAAGAAAAAGAGACCUCCAAUGAAUCCAGUUCAGCCAGCCUGUCUCACAACCCUCCGGAGAAGCAGCCUGUAAGUGACGCCUCUUCAGGGGUUGUCCUGGCCCCGACCCAGAACAUGCCACCGCUGCCCUCAAAAGUGAAUGUUGCUUCCAAAUGGUCCAAGAUCAAGAUCGUCACCAAGCAGACUGGCAAUGAAUGCGUGACGGCUAUUGAGAUUGUUCCAGAAUGUGCCAUUCCUUUGCCCCAACAGGCCAAUAACAGGCCGGGCAACGUUGCUAGAAAGUUUGCCAGCAUCGCCCGCAACCAGGUGAGGAAAAAGAGGCAGAUGGCAGCCAGGGAGAAGAAGGUGACCAGGACCAUUUUCGCUAUCCUACUGGCUUUCAUCAUUACCUGGACACCAUACAAUGUCAUGGUCUUGAUCAAUACCUUUUGCCAGACAUGUAUCCCUGAAACCGUUUGGUACAUUGGGUAUUGGCUCUGCUAUGUCAACAGCACAAUAAACCCAGCCUGCUAUGCCCUUUGCAAUGCCACCUUCAAGAAGACCUUCAAACACCUCCUCAUGUGUCAGUACAAAAGCAUCGGCAUGGCCAGAUAGGCAACAAUGACUCUUCUCUGGCUUUGCCGACCUGUUGGCGAGGAGAAGGCAUUUCAGAAGCCUUGAGCAUCAUACCCGCCGCCAGCAAGGCUUCUGAAAAUCCCCCCCCCGGCACCCACAGGGCAAGGCUGGCACAGGAGAUUCCAGUGGAAGGCAUUUGCACUAGUAAUGAGCUGAGCUGGCAGCCAGGCAGAUGGGAAGCUGCAAUUGGACAGUCAAGUACACGGGAUAAAGACAUGUAGACACAUUGAUUGUGCGCCACGCAGGGGAGGGCGGUGGGCAACAAACAAGCACCUUGUGGAUUAGGAUUUUACAAAUCGUGCCAUCUGAGUCUCUCCGGCUGAGGCACAGCUUCCCAAACCCAAUAGACUUUGGCUUGGUGGGGGUACGCAGAGUCUUGUAGUUGAACAGUGACUGGAGUGCUGAAGACUGAUACCCCCUUACUACCUUCCCAAGGAUAUGCGUUAUGUAGCUCUGGUUUCUUGUAGACUGUGGUCUCAACUCACUGUGACGAUUGGUUUACUAAAUCAGCUGAAUAUCCCCAUAUAUUUAAUGGGGUACUAUCAAAAUACAUGCCGCCCCCCAUUUUUUUUAAACAACUGUCCCCCAUGUUUUUACACAGACUUCAGUACUCUACACAGUCUUGCCUGCUCUGCUUUCCUUUCAUCCAUGGUGCAAUACUCUUGCUAUUCGCUGCCCUCUAGUGGCAGGUCAUGGAAAUACAGCAGUUUAUUGCAGGGUAAGCUGCAAGACAAUAUCACAGCCUUUUAUUUUGACAGUAUCCCUUUAAACAUUAAAGGAAAAAUGGGUACCCACCACAUCCCAGGAGCCUACAAUGGGGUGGGGGGGGGGGGGUCUACAAAAAGCAAGAGCGGAGCCAAAGACAGGACAGAGAGACUGGACUCUAAAGGAUUUUACUUUGCCCAGCUUGGGAGACUGGCAGAAUCAUUCCGUGCCACAGGGCAUAGCAGGACUACCCACAGCUUUCAUGGCUCUUUAAAUUAACUGUUUCCAUGCCUCAUUCCUUAUUUUCUGUUUCCUUUUUGCUGGCUGAGCACUUUCUGGGGGAUUCCAGGAUAAUUACUGUGCCAUAGGGAUGCUCCGUGGUUGGACUGGGGUGGUGGGUGGUUUGGAGAAUAUCUCUCCCCUUUGACUUUGAGUUGAAUUGGGAUAACAGUGGGGUGGGGAUUGGUAGCUGUGUGCACAAAUCAUUUCCUAUCUGCAUUGCUGUAUAUAUAAAUAAUUAGUGGGAGCUGCCAUUAUGCUUACCCAGGCUGAUUUAUUGGGGAUUCGAUAUAGGACCACCAUUAUCACAGCCAGGUUUAAUGGUUCCCCUUUAUGGAUAGAUGACUUUUUUCAGCCUCAGCUACUAUGUAACUAUGUUGGGGGCCAUAUGGAUCCCCAUGUGAUAUCAGCGCUGGGCCAAGGCAAUAUUUCUUGUGCUGUGUUAUUCCCCUUCCCUCAUUGGCUGCUAUUCCCACCCCCUACCCACUUGGGCCACACCCACCCCCUACACCUCUUGCACCCCUUUUCCACUCUUCCCUUGUUCCGCCCAUGUGUUCUACACCAGACUGUGCUCAUUACUGUUUUAUUGGCGGCGUUGAAGGGUCCAUGAAUCCCUAGGAGUUCUAUAGCCGCUACCCCUACACCCUAUAUAUUUGCCUUCUUUGUCAAUAUCACAUCAGUUGUUUAAUAACCGCUAUGUAUUGCACCCACAGAGGAAAUCAAUAUGGCAGCUCCUGCUUUUUAUAGCAAAUAUCCAAAGAAACAAUGCUCUAGGUGCACAUGUUAAAGGGGAAGUUAAUGGCUCCUUACUUGUGGAUAUAUUUUUCACUUUUGGAAGCAGCUCCAUGGGAUUGGGCUGACAUUUUCAAAGCCUGGCAUUCUAUUGGUUACUGGUUUUAGCUAAUUGUAAGAUCUGAUGAAAUAAUAACAAACACCAGGGCACUGGAUCUUUAUUUUCUCAUUGGAUUUCAACACAAUAGCACCCCUAGUGGUUAAAUAUAGAAGGACGUGUUUUUUUGAGGUGCAUGGAAAAUAUAUUCCAUUUGUGUCUAUUGAUCCCUUAGGAUAAGGGGCUUCCAAUUAAAAAGAGUUAUACCUAUUUAGUAGCUAUAGCAACCAAUCAUCAGUCAGCUUUCAUGGCUCCAGUGCAGUUCUGGUAAUGAAAGGACAGAUUUUAUUGGCUGAUGAGGGUUACUUCACUAAAACGGAUCUUCAGAGCCUCUUGGUUACCCCAGAAGUGAUCCGAUACACCCCCGACUCUUAAUCCUACCGUGUCUCUGGGACCAAAAUGAUCGACAGGUGAUUUUAUGACUUAUUGUGUAAAUAAUAUAUGGAAAAGUCUAUGUACAAACUGAAUUGUCAGAUAUUUUUAUACAGUGCUUUUAUUUAAUGAUUGUCAUUAUUUUUUGCAUGAUCCCGGCACCUACAUAAAGGCCAAGCGCCGCCUUUAACUAUUGGGGGAGGGGGACCAGGCGUCCAAUUAAAGUUCAAUUAAAGAGAUAAAUUCUGUUUAACCAUUUACCCUAAAGCUUAUUCCCUGCUGCCCGGGCGUCUGUAUUCUCUCUCAUUUCUCUUAUAAACGGCUGCUGUGUUUUCUGGA